UGGAUCCCGGCUGGAAGGAUGAGAACAGCGGUGGUGCGGCACUGCCUGGCUCCUGCGCUCCGAGCCGCGCUGCCGCCGAGCCGCGGCCUUUGCGGGCGGCGGACGCUGAGCGGCGGCGCGGCGGCGGCAGCAGCGCGCAACAUCACUGAGAAUGCAAAGAAAUCCUUGGCCUCUCUUAAGAGAGAAAACCCUCGUCUUGAGCCAACACUUGCCAUUAUUCAGGCACAUAAUGACAAUUUGAUUCAAGAAACAAACAAGAACUUUGCCAAAGAGGUUGGUCUACGUGUUAUUCAUAUCCGUCUCCCUGAAGGCAGCAGCAAGGAUGAGGUUAUUGGUGAAAUUUUGAGAUUGAAUGAGGAUCCUAGUGUGCAGGGCCUUGCCCUUGACCUCCCAGAAAGCUUAUACAGUAGCAAGGUACUCAAUGCUGUGAAACCUGAGAAGGAUGUGGAUGGGUUAUCUGAUGUAAACCUAGGACGCUUGGUACGUGGCGAUGACUCUGACUGUCUAGUUCCUCCUGCAGCAAGUGCUGUGAUGAAGCUUCUGGAAGGUUUAGGUGGGAAAAGGGUGCUGCUAGUGGGAGUCCAUGGUGCAGUGGGCGCUGCCUUGCAGUGCAUGCUUCAGAGGGAAGGAGCAGAAACUGUGAGCUGCCAGUGGACAUCCCCUCAGCUGCAGACCAAGCUUCCCCAUGCAGAUGUGGUGGUAAUUGGCAGCGCAAAACCUGAUAAUAUUCCUGUGAGCGGGAUAAAACCUGGAACCACCGUUAUCAGUUGUUCUUGUGACUCGCUGUCAGAGAAACAGAACUAUGGUGAGCAAAAGAACGCUGAAAAUGCUGCUGGUUCUCUUGCCAUUGCAGCGCGAAUGCAGAACAUGGUAAAAAACACGGAGCGAUGGAUCCAGUCCCAGAAGUACAGGGAGUGGGACCUCCACUGCUUGAAACUGCAGCCCCUCUCCCCGGUGCCCAGUGAUAUUGAGAUUUCCCGAGCACAGAGUCCAAAAGCUGUUGAUGUACUUGCCAAGGAGAUAGGAUUGCUUACAGAUGAAGUUGAGAUCUAUGGCCAGACCAAAGCCAAAGUACGUUUGUCCCUGCUGGAAAGGUUAAAGGAUCAGCCAGAUGGAAAAUAUGUUCUAGUUGCUGGAAUAACCCCUACGCCCCUAGGAGAGGGGAAAAGCACAGUCACCAUUGGUCUUGUUCAAGCACUUACUGCACACCUUAACAUUAAUUCCUUUGCUUGUCUGAGACAACCUUCCCAAGGACCUACUUUUGGAGUUAAAGGUGGAGCAGCUGGUGGUGGAUAUGCUCAGGUGAUUCCCAUGGAGGAGUUCAAUCUUCAUUUGACUGGAGAUAUUCAUGCUAUAACGGCUGCAAAUAAUUUACUGGCUGCUGCUAUUGAUGCUAGGAUCUUGCAUGAGAACAGUCAAUCUGAUAAGGCCUUGUAUAAUAGACUUGUUCCAGUCGUUAAUGGCGUCAGAGGAUUUUCUGCUAUUCAGCUUGCCCGUUUAAGAAGGCUGGGAAUAAACAAGACAGAUCCUGGGUCUUUAACAGAGGAGGAGAUGAGCAAAUUUGCACGUCUUGACAUUGACCCAUCUACCAUAACAUGGCAAAGAGUGGUGGAUACAAAUGACAGGUUCCUGCGCAGAAUAACAGUUGGGCAGGCAAAUACAGAGAAAGGAUUCAACCGCCAGGCUCAGUUUGAUAUUGCUGUUGCAAGUGAAAUCAUGGCCAUCCUGGCACUUAGCACCAGCCUUCAAGAUAUGAAGGAGAGAUUGGGGAGAAUGGUGGUGGCUAACGACAAGAAAGGAGAACCAGUAACAGCAGAGGAUUUGGGGGUAACAGGGGCUCUGGCAGUUUUGAUGAAAGAUGCGAUUAAGCCCACACUAAUGCAGACUUUAGAGGGGACGCCAGUAUUUGUUCACGCCGGACCUUUUGCUAACAUUGCGCAUGGAAAUUCUUCUGUUUUGGCUGAUAAAAUUGCCCUUAAGUUAGUUGGAGAGAAAGGAUUUGUAGUAACUGAAGCUGGCUUUGGUGCUGACAUUGGGAUGGAGAAAUUCUUCAACAUCAAAUGCAGAGCCUCUGGCUUAGUUCCCAGUGUGGUUGUAAUUGUUGCUACAGUGAGGGCUUUGAAGAUGCACGGAGGCGGGCCAAAUGUAACUGCUGGUGCCCCCUUGAAGAAAGAAUACACAGAAGAGAACCUCCAGCUGGUAGCAGAUGGCUGCUGCAAUCUACAGAAACAAAUUCAAAUUGCUCAGCUCUUUGGAGUUCCUGUUGUGGUUGCUCUAAACAUCUUCAAAACUGAUUCUCCUGCUGAGGUUGAUCUGGUGUGUAAGAUUGCAAAACAAUCUGGAGCAUUUGAUGCUGUACCUUGCAAUCACUGGUCAGCUGGUGGCAAAGGAGCAAUACAGUUAGCUGAAGCUGUUGAAAAGGCAGCCAAUCAGAAGAACAAUUUCAAAUAUCUGUAUGACUUGGAGCUUCCUAUUGCUGAAAAAAUAAGAAUCAUUGCUCAGAAGGUGUAUGGAGCUCAAGAUAUAGAAUUGUCUCCUGCUGCGCAGUCACAAGUUGAUCGUUACACCCGGCAGGGAUUUGGAAAUCUUCCCAUUUGUAUGGCAAAAACUCACCUAUCCCUCUCCCAUCAGCCUGAGAGGAAAGGCGUUCCCACUGGUUUCAUUCUGCCGAUUAGUGAUGCGCGAGCCAGUAUUGGAGCUGGAUUCAUCUACCCUUUAGUAGGAACGAUGAGCACCAUGCCAGGACUGCCCACGAGGCCAUGCUUCUACGACAUUGACCUCGACCCUGUCACAGAGCAAGUGAAAGGAUUGUUUUGAGUGUGACAUCCAAAUUCAGAAGCCUGGAAGUUAAGAAGUGCAACUUUCCUGUUUCCUGCGAGCAGGAGACAAAAAUGAAUCUGAAAUAUUCCUGUUAUGUGUCUCUGGAAGAAUGUCAAGACAGGCCAAAGAGCAAAAGUUUACUCUUUCUUCAAACUAGUUUUUAUGAUGAAAUGUAGCUGUAAGGGUUUGGGUUUGUUUUGGUUUGGCUUUUUUAAGGGAAAAAAAAGGCAAGCUCAAGUUUUUCUCACUGUAGCGCAGGAAGCUCUUUUCUAGGGCUUACGCUUGUUUGUGGAUGAAACAUCGAAAAAGGGAGACAUUUUUCACCUUAGAUUUUUCUUCUUUUCUCAGAGGAGUUUACAGAAGAAUUUCUCCGAUCUGGGCCAUCUAAAACUUGCGUAAACAUGAUUAUGCUGUGUGAUCAAGCCUGUUUCUCUCUGAAAAAGACACUUUUGUUCCUGGCUUUCAGGAGCUGAAACUACACAGAUUAACUGCGCAUUUUUUAGUUAUCAUCAAGCGUUGCUCUGGAUGCAUUUGGGCAACAGCCAAGCUUCAAGCAAGGAAGAUAUUAAGCAGAGAAAGCAAAAAGCCUGUAUUUUGUGAAAGGUUUUUGAUAAAUAAUUUGUUUCCUUGUUGGGCACAGAUCUUUUGAAACAUUUAAGCCAUAGCUGUCUGAUACCCACAGGUCACUGUUUAUCCAAAGUUGUCACAGGCUGUCCUGCUGAUUAUGUGCAUGUUGUGGUGAAGCUGGUUUUUCAGAGGGUACUGCUGCUUCUGAAGCUCUGUUUUGCUCCUGUUCAUGCCUAAUGAAGCCUCCUGCUGUGCUGGCUCCUGACCUAGAGUUUUUCUUAUCCUGUCCCUGGCAGUACACAGCACCCAGUAACAACAGAGGAAAGUCCAUCAAGUAAGGACACAACAGGGCCAAGCUUUGUUCUGCUUCGUUUUGUAGGUUUUUAACACCAUAGUGGAGCGUGGUUUUUAUUUGAAGGGGAGAUUCAAGCAAGCUAAAUCCUAAACCAUGUGCUUUAACUUACCUCACUAAGUUACCUUGUCCUGCUUUACCUAAAUCUGCAGCAAAACAAGCCUGAGGUACCGGAUACUGCAUUUAGCUUUCCAAGCUGCUGCUCCUCAGGAAACUCUCACUGACUGACCGUUGGUUCCUUCAAUAACAAAAACUGUAACAGAACAAUGGGUUGAAUCAAGACAAUGGGCCAUUGUGGGGGUUUAGGUAAAAAGCAGUGAAAUAAUUAUGAGAGAGUUUAUUUUCCUGGUGACGUCUUCCAUCCUGUCGAUUUACUCCACUUACGCAGAUCUGUAUAUUCUGGGCUUCUGCAGUGUAGUUUUGGUUCCCUUCUGUGCAGCCACAUUUGGAGACUUAAUUAUCUGAGGAGUUGUGUUGUAACUGAGGGGUUUGUUUUGGUUUUUGAAAUCAUGCUUUGUUAUUUAUAAACUCAAAACUAUAAUUAUAGACAGAAGAGCAAGCUGGGGACAAUUAAAAUAAUUAUCUGUGCCGUCCCUGGAGUAGCACAGAAAUGUCUGUUGACUCCAUUUCAGAACUGUUCUAUUCAUAGCAUGGUUCCCCCAGCACUGUGGGGAUUGCUGUGAAGAUUUAAACAUUAAAAAAAAAUAAUAAAGCUCUUUGAUAUUUUAGCCUGAUAAGAAGAUAGAGGUCAUAACAGCCUAUACUGUGGCUGUUUUAAUUACACUGGGGCAGGACAAACUUGAGCAGUAGGAAGUUAGAUUCAAGUGUGGCUCUCGCAGCUGCUGGGGAGAAAUAUUUCUGGUAUUUUGUGUUACAUUGUGCCUCAAAAUACAACCAUGCUAUAAC